ACCUCCUUUUCCUUAUCAUCUGGUUAGUCUUUUUGUGACACCCUAAAAAACACAUCUUUUGUGCGAGCUGUUACUGCUGUUGCUGUAGUUCACGGCUGCAGAUGGAGGUCUGUGUGGCCACGAUUGGGAUGAUCCAUUCUGAUACGGGAGGCCUUCGCCUCAAUCGAGAAUGGAACCGUCGUCAGCGUCAUCAAGUAAGAACACUGUCAACGUUUAGGAUUUCAAAUUCGGCUUCAACGACCCCGUCAACAAGCAGUGCGUUGCUGCUGGGAAAGCCAUCCUUAGGCAGCAGUGCCAUGGAGCAGCUGGAUAUCGAGCGUGGUGUCUGCAUUCCUUUCCGCAAGUACACCCCCGAAACAGUCAGGAACAAGGUCCUGGAAUCUAGAGGGGCUAUCCUGUCUUUGCUCGCCCGUGGUGCCCAGAUUGUCUGGAAUUUGGGAUUCUACUGGUCUGCGCUCACCUAUGACUGCCUGGUUGGUCGUGAUGAGGAGGUUGUCCCUUACCGUGCACGCCAGCUUCGCAACCUUUUGUGUGAUCUUGGGCCAUCUUUCAUCAAAGCCGGCCAGGUUCUGGCCAACAGACCUGACAUAAUUCGAGAGGAUUAUAUGAAUGAACUUUGCAUCCUCCAAGAUGAUGUCCCCCCUUUCCCCAACCAGGUGGCGUUUGCCAUUAUUGAAGAUGAACUUGGGCAACCUCUUGAGAAGGUAUUCAGCAAGAUUUCAUCACAAACUAUAGCAGCAGCAAGUUUGGGUCAAGUUUACCGUGCCACCCUGCGAGAGACAGGAGAGGAUGUUGCCAUCAAGGUGCAACGACCAGGAAUAGAACCAAUAAUCUACCGGGAUCUGUUUCUGUUCCGUACCCUAGCAUCUUUUUUGAACGGAAUCAGUCUACAAAAGCUUGGUUGCAAUGCAGAGCUAAUUGUUGAUGAGUUUGGGGAAAAGCUUCUGGAAGAGCUUGACUACACAUUGGAGGCACGAAAUAUUGAGGACUUCAUAGAAAACUUUAAAAAUGAUCCGACAGUCAAGAUUCCUCGAGUUUAUAAAAAGCUUUCAGGCUCACGUGUUUUAGUAAUGGAGUGGAUUGAUGGCAUUCGAUGCACUGAUCCACAGGCUAUUAAAGAAGCAGGGAUUGAUGUCAAUGGUUUUCUAACUGUUGGAGUAAGUGCUGCUCUGAGACAAUUGCUAGAGUUUGGAUUAUUUCAUGGUGACCCACAUCCUGGAAAUAUAUUUGCCAUGCGUGAUGGUCGCAUUGCUUAUGUUGAUUUUGGAAAUGUGGCUGUGCUUAGUCAGCAAAACAAACAAAUUCUCAUUGAUGCUGUUGUCCAUGCUGUUAAUGAAGAUUAUGUUGAGAUGGCAAAUGACUUCACUAGGCUUGGUUUUCUUGCAAGUGGAACUGAUGUCUCACCAAUUAUUCCAGCUUUAGAAGCAAUUUGGCAGAAUUCAUCUGGAAAAGGAUUGUCUGACUUCAACUUUCGGAGUGUCACUGGGAAGUUCAAUCAGCUUGUGUACCAGUACCCUAUUCGUAUUCCAGAAAGGUUUUCACUUGUUAUUCGUUCUUUGUUAACACAAGAAGGCAUUUGUUUCACACUAAAGCCAGAUUUUAAAUUUCUUGAGGUUGCGUAUCCAUAUGUUGCAAAACGUCUUCUAACAGAUCCAAAUCCUGCACUACGUGAACGACUCAUUCAGGUUCUGUUCAAGGAUGGAGUGUUCCAGUGGAAAAGGCUUGAAAAUCUCAUAGUCCUUGCUAAGGAAAAUGUGGCUAAGAUGAACAAUAAUCCAGCAUUGCAAGUGAAAAACAGGUCAAUGAAUUGGCAAGUCCAAAAGAAAUUGGACCUUACAGAUACUAUCCGAGAUGGAGCAAGGAUGUUCUUGGUUGAUGCUGGUAUUAGACGACAACUUCUGAUGGCUUUUACAGAAGAUUCCAAGCUUCACAUUCAAGAGCUUUUUGAUGUGUAUCGAUUAGUUCAAGAUGAAAUUGAUGUUUCUUCAGUUGCAUUGGAGGUCCUGAGAGAUUUACCUGAGGUUACAAGAGAGUUUAUGCUCUCAUGGAGUGAGUCUGUUCUUUCAGACCGCUAAGCAAAGCCAUCCAGCGCAUACAACUUAGCAGAGCACUCAGGCGUAGCUCUGUAUACAAAGCGCAGACAGAACUAUGAAUACCUUUUAUCCAAACCUGUCUGUCCUCUUUUGACUCAUCAAAUGCGAACAGAUCAACAUGUAAUUAAUUGUACAGAACUUGUCACAAGUGGUUGGUUUGCGCUUUCUGCACUUGAAAUGCACCAUACCAUAGGAGGGAUUUUCUGAGAGAUGUAAAGAAAAUAAUAUACCCAGUGUUAGGCUGUUAGCGUGCUAUUAAAAAUUUAUUUGUUUCUUUAUUUUUUAUUUAUAUUAUUAUUAUUAUUUGUGAGUUU